GUGCUCUUAGCGAUCACCGAUCAUGCUAUGGACAACAUCCAUGCGCCAGCAGCGCAACGAGCGAGCGCAUUUGUAUUCCCGGAUUCGCUAGAGAGUCCGCCUCGCCCGACUUCUGCUGUUAGACGCAGCUCUCCUCUAGCUCGUACCAACUCUGUCACUCCUUCCAAUGGCCGUCGUCGAGUACAUUCCGUCAACCCCGUUCCGUCUGGCCCCAGCUCAGGGUAUCCUCGGCGAAGACCUAUAGCGACAAGUUUCGGGCACUCACAGAGGGAAGCGCCUAUAGAGGACUCCGCUAUUAGCCUGCUCUCCGAUGAAUACGACCUUUCCCAUCAAGGUAUCGCUGCUCACACGCAUCGAGGUUCCUCGGUUGACUUCCAUUGAAGAUGCCAAAAUACUUCAGGACGUCCAGCGCGCACUCAAACUCAAAGCCAGGCGGGAGGCCCGCUUGAAAUCAAAUCCAAACCCAGAAGUCGCUGCCGCAUCGUCAUCGGCUGCCACGUCGGCUGCUCGAACGUCACCGGUGAAGCAGGCCUUCCCCUCCGUGAUACCUCUCCCUACUAUCGAGUCAACGCCGCCAAACCGGGGCGGGAACAAAGUAACAAAUCACCCGCUUCCUUCUUCGUCAGAUGAAGGCACUACUUUGGAUUGGUCUGGUCUCGGUGGCGAGGAGGACAAGUCAGAACGACGGUGGACGAUGUCUAUUACAAAGAAACGCGACAGGGAAAAGCAGCCAUCGGACAUUACGGUCGAAACGCGUGAGACAAUGCAUGCAGCAAAGCUUGCUAAAUUCCGGAGUAGGAUGUCACCCAAAGCGCUGGAGAGGGCCGCCAAUGUGCGAGACCAGCUUGGACGGCGAUAUAACCUUGUGUUUAACGCCCAGUCGGCCGGUUCUCUGAAUCCCGCCCACGUGGUCCAGUGGUUCGCGAACCAGAAUAGCUCUAUUCGAGCUUCGCUCGAGCAAGCAGAGCCAUUGACGUGGCUUCGAGAUUACGACAAGUCCAAGAAACAGAAGCAAAGAUCGCCAUGGCAUAUAUCUGCGUUGAUUGCAGAGGAGUAUCUUCAGCAUCUUCGCGGGACUAUCCGAGCUCCCUUGAUUCCAAAUCACGUGGAGAUUCUUAACUCGUCGCCGAAUUUGUCGAUCUCGUCUCCCCAACCCUACCCAUCCCCUCAUGGCUCGUCGUACUUCGUUCUGGGACCUUCUUUAGGUCGAAAGCCUUCCAAGGAAGAAGAAAUUCCGCCAGCUCUGGAGCCCUCGAUUGAGUUCGGCCGCAAAUCCAUAGACCGUGAAUCUCGCAGAAGUGUGGAAUCGGGAUACAGUAGCCUGCUGUCGCUUCCUCGUGUGCUCGCUUCUCCUUCGAGUCCACAAUUCAGGCCAAGAGUCGAUAGCGACAGAUCUUCUUUGUCCGAACAUUCGGACGACGGCGCAAGGAGGAAAAAACACGUUCCUGCACCAUUAAACCGGGACAUUCUCUCCAGCACGACUAUCAAGUCAGGUUCACGAUCUCUAGAGCUACGGUCGAUUCUUUCCCCGAUCCCAGAUGAUCAAAGACCCGAGGAAAAUGAGCCAUCUUCUUCAGUUGAACGCCUCUCCACCGAUCUCCCUCCUACUGCCAUAAAUUCCCAUUUCUCUCAACCCAAAGUGCGGAUAUCGCUUCCUUCCAAAGAAGAACUACGAGUUCGACUUGAAGAAAAGCGACAGCACGAAGCCGACGAGGAAGCGUCUAAUAGAGAAUAUGAGCUCAAGCAGCGGUUAUUGGAGACAACGACCGCCCAGAAUACGAGGAUACGGCAACUGCUAAAUCAUAUCUCUGCUGGAGUUCGAGAAUACGACCAAAUCCAGACAUCGUUGUCGAAUUCUCUCCAACUCCCAUACAAGAAUCUUCCCCGCGAGCUGGUUGACGCUUUUAGUCACGAUCCUGCCGCUGUCACCGGAGCAACUCGGAAGUAUCAGGGCUGGCGGGCUGUGGACGACAUCCACCAUCGAGUUGUUCGCCAACGCGAAAUUUUUCGCGAUUAUCUCUCCAGUGUGUCGCCCACUCCCAUCAUUUCGGAGAGCGUGCUCGACAAUCCAAUCACUGCGUUGUCUGACACCCUCCAUGCGUUGGAAGCGGAACGGCGGGAUAUUGCAUGGAGGGCGACAGAGGUUUUCGAUAAACUGAGGCAGGUCCAGGUAGUCCACGCCGAUGUGAAAACCGCCUACAACGAUACCAUGUCGCAUACCUCCGUCAUUUACCCUGAGAUAUCGACCAUCGUCGCAUUGGAAGAAAGCUACAAGGACCAAUACCAAUAUUUCUGGGAUGUCGCCAUGGAUGUCUUGACAUUGUUUCUUGACACAGUUACCCCGUUUUGGCGGACAUAUGGCAAGACCAUCGGGGACGAUAUUCAGCACUUUCUCAUCAUUCCGCUGUACCGGAACGAGUUUACUGGGCAAACGAAACGCUACUCGAUCGACCGCUUUCCCCGUCGGUCGUUACGGCACUGGGUGGGCCUCUUGGUCUUCUUCGUGGGCUCCGUCGCUGGUUUGGUGCUCCAAACAAAAGGGGCGGUUACUUCGAUCUGCAAUUUUUGGCUGCUGUCUGUUCCCUACCCAUAUCUCAGACUCGUUAUGCUGGGCCCGUUCUGGAUAACCAUAAUCGUGCAAUGGUGGGCUGUCGUCGUAGAGCUGGCCAUCGUCCUGACGCAGUUUGCGAUUGUGGCGUGGUGGAUUGGCUGGUCGGUUAACAUAUUCACUUGA